UUUCAUUUCAUUCAAUUGUGGCGGUAACCGACCGGUAUUUCCUACUGAUAUUGUAUUGUACGUAUGUGCAUCGAACAUUUUGUAAAUUCGCUACAAGUACAUUAAAUAAAUUGAAAAUCUCAUCUUCUUUUGAGAUUCACAGAUAAACAAUGCGUAACGUUGAAAUAAAAGCUAAGAUAACCGAUUAUGAAAACAUCUGUAAAGUAGCAAAUGAGUUGAGCGGUGGGCCGCCUACAAUCAUAAAGCAGGAUGAUACAUUCUACAAUGUCCAAGAAGGUCGGUUAAAGAUGAGAAUUUACGCCGAUUCCGCAGCCACUCUAGUGAGAUAUGAUCGUGACGAUGUGGAAGGCCCAAAACUGAGUAAUUACGAGUUAUUAGAUUUUACCGUCAACGAGAGCGAAAAAGCUAAACUUUUAGAUGAAAUGCUCAAGAAGUGCCUGGGUGUUCGUGGAAGAGUUGUUAAAGAACGCAAACUCUACAUGGUUGGCCAAACCCGGGUGCAUAUAGACACAGUACAAGAUUUAGGCGACUUUAUGGAGCUGGAAGUGGUACUUCAACCAGAACAGACCUUGGAAGAAGGUCAGAGUAUAGCUCAGGACCUUAGAACUAAAUUAGGAGUAAAGGAAGAAGAUCUAAUUGACUGUGCUUAUGUUGAUAUGUUGCUUAAAAAGUAAUGGUUAAUUGUCUCUGUCUUUGUUAUGUUCUUUAUUUGAAGUUUGUUUUUUUUUUGCUUUUAUCAAUGGCAGAUUUGUGAAAACUGCUUUCUUUUUUUUUGUUAGCUUUUUUGUAAGAAUAUGAAUAUUUUGUUAAAAAAAAUAUUUUUGUAA